GAACACGUACGGCGGUAUUCUACUGGCUGAGCUUUUGGCUGCACCUUCGCGCCGCAAAGAGAGCGUUUCAUGAAAUUUCCAGCGGCAGACAGUGUCCGGCACAUUCAAAUUCGCUUGCAGGAACUCGCAUCAACGUGCUAGGUGUUGUACCAAGGAGGAACGUGCUGUUUCGCAUCAUCCAGUUUUUCCCAACGGAGGAUCGUCGUAUCAUCGCGCACUAAUGUCAGGCAUAGCGAUUGCCAGGCUCGCCGAGGAGCGGAAAGCAUGGAGGAAGGACCAUCCGUUUGUGAGUGCCUCAUCUCGCACCGGCUUUGUAGCUAGACCCACCAAAAAUCCAGACGGCUCGCUCAAUCUGAUGAGUUGGGAAUGUGCAAUACCAGGGAAAAAAUCUACUCCUUGGGAAGGUGGAUUGUAUAAGUUACGUAUGAUUUUUAAAGAUGAUUAUCCAUCAAGUCCACCAAAGUGUAAAUUUGAACCACCGUUGUUCCAUCCUAAUGUCUAUCCAUCUGGAACAGUCUGUUUGUCGCUUUUGGAUGAAGAGAAAGACUGGCGGCCAGCGAUCACAAUCAAGCAGAUUCUCCUCGGUAUUCAAGAUUUGUUGAAUGAACCAAAUGUAAAAGAUCCAGCCCAAGCUGAAGCUUACACAAUAUAUUGUCAAAAUCGUCUGGAAUAUGAAAAGCGCGUUAAAGCUCAAGCCAGAGCAAUGGCUCCGCAAGACACAUAAGCAAGCAAGGACACAUUCAGUUAAACUUGACAUAUGGAAAAAGUGUUAUAUGCAGAUCACACUUUCCUGAGCUGAUCCAUCGCUCCAUUUUAAGAUUAAUCUUUUUUACGAGUAUAAAAUUACAUAUGUUGUAACUAGUUUAACUUUACGCCCUUUAAGUUUAUUUGUCGGAUAUGUGUCUCCGCUCGUUGUAGAUUUGUCGAAAUUUCACAGUAGAAUCGACAGUUUACGGUACCACCACGUAAGACCCUUUUUUACGCGCAUAUAUUUUUAUUAUCAAUAUUAAGAACUAUUACAAAGCCGAAAUAGAUAGUUCAAGGCAGAUCGUUUCUUUCUUUCUCUCUCUUUCUCUCUCUCUCUCUCUCUCCUUCGGUUCGACAAUGUUCGAUCUGUAAAUCGUAUAUAAUCAAUAACUUGGAUGUUACGUUUUUAAGUGGAGAUGCAGGAAAUAGAGUCAACCUCGGAUUCUAUUAGUUUCUAUCCUCCUUGUACAAGACCUUAAAUACAAUCGUACAUGUAGGUAAGCUUAUUUAAGAUUCUAUCAAUGUACAAAUCUUAAAGAAAAAAAUAAAAGACUCUGACUCA